UAAUGUUCUUGUACUUAGGACACCUGACAUUAGUCGAGUGUUUGGUGGCUCGAGGCUUGUUGACACGCACAUUUUACUUGUCAUCGCCGAGCCGAGCUAUAAAUCAAAGAAUUUCGAGGUUACUGUGACACGAUCGUUAUUUAGUUGAAAAAGUUGACUGCUGAAAGUAGUAAUAUUUCAAACUUAGUAUACCAGACUAAUGGACCGACGAUGGAAAUAAGCCUCAAGUGUAGCGAAAAGAAAAAAAAAAAUGAAACUAAUUCCGGAUAUUACCACCGGCACCGGUCACCGACAGAAUCGUGGAUCAAGGAUAACGGGCAGCAUUGAUUGGAUUUUCAGUUUCAUUGUGAGCUGUGUGAUGAAAAGAGCACAGUUGUUGAAAGGAAACAAACGGGAAAUGUUUUAAAUUGACAACGAAAAAACAUAACCGGUGUGUGUGUGUGCAACUAUAAUAAAGUGGGAAAAUAGUGGUUUGUGAUAAUCUCAUCAAUAUCGAAUGGAUCUUUGGUACCUAAUGAAGCAAUCGUCUACUAAAAUCUUCCAUUAACCAUGUCCCUUUUCAAGCACUGCUUGUGGAAAUUUGCCCUUGUGGCAUUCCUGUUAGCUGCAAGCUGCACCCAAGCCAAUGACCAGGAUCAAGAUUUGAUGGCAUCCGAAUCUAAAAAAUCAUAUUACUAUCAGGAGCUUCCCCGACAAAAACGUGCACUUGGGUUCUUCCAGAAGGUCGGCAAAAUUGCCUAUCAGCAGUACAACGAUACCGCCUGGACGCUAAAGAAUAUCUACGACAUCUUGAGUAACGAGUUCACCGAUACUGUCACAACAACAACUCCGAAUCCCAAAAUAUCCACCACGACGCCAGAUCCAGCCACCAGCACCACCGCCAAAUACCGAAUUUCUCGUGCCGAACUAGGUCGAAUCCUAAACCGGAAUUAUCGAGGCCUCCAGAAGCUUUUCCGAAUAGAGUGGAAUGAUGCGUGGAAUCAAACCUAUUACAAUAUAGACGUCUAUAAAAAGGAACUGAAGAAUUCGGUGUAUGGACCGGGAAAUUUUACUAAGACAGGAAGUACCACCACAACAACAAGGAGGCCUACUACUACCACCAGGCCACGUUGAUCGAGGCUCGGAGCAGACUCAAACCAAGUGCAAUUUGCAGGAUCAAUUACUAGGACUGAUAAGGGGAUUUUUCUGUGAUAGCAACAUGAACACACAUGCAUGUUUGUGUUCGAUAUUUUCCAGCUGCAAUAUUUAUCCUACUAGACAUAACUAGACUAAACAUUUUCUCUGUUCUAACAUACCGUGAACCGGUGAGCUUCCUGCAAAAUUGACAGAAUUAACGGAAUUGAACUGUUAGUUCCCUCGAUGUGUUCAUCGGUUUUAGUAGUCAGUAAGGAUGUAAUGCUAAACCUAAGUGUGUGUGUGUUGUAGUGCCAAUAAAUUUGAGUGAUUUUCAAA